AUGCUUUCAAUUUUGCGCAAAGCUCGAUUGAGGGAUAAAGAGAUGAGGAUUUUGAUGCUAGGACUGGACAAUGCCGGCAAAACCACAAUUGUCAAGCGAUUGAUGAAUGAAGACGUGAAUACGGUCAGUCCAACACUUGGGUUCAUCAUAAAGACCAUUGAGUACCAUGGCUACCGGCUCAACAUUUGGGAUGUAGGUGGCCAGAAGACACUGCGCACUUAUUGGCGGAACUAUUUUGAAAAGACAGACGCUUUAGUCUGGGUGGUUGAUGCAACGGACCGGCUACGGAUCACUGACUGCAGGCAAGAGCUUGGAUCUUUGUUGCUGGAGGAGCGGCUCAUGGGGGCAAGCCUACUUGUCUUCGCCAAUAAGACCGAUGUGGGUGGCUGCAUGACUGAUGAUGAAAUAGGGAAGGGACUGCAACUCGAUGCAAUCAAGACGCACAAGUGGACCAUCCUCCGAUGCAGCGCAAUCAAGGGGGAUCAUCUGCAGGAAGGAUUGGCAUGGGUGGUCCAGGACGCAAAAGACAGACUGUUCUUGUAUUGA